GAGGAUUGUUUUCCCAAGUAACGGCUGUCCUGCUGGCCCUAUGGAGCCCCUGCUCAUCCUGAUGUUGCUGUGCCUGCCAGUCUGCUCAGCGCAUCCUCUGAAAGGGGCAAUAAGGCAAGACCACACAGGCAUGGAUCCUGCUCAGCAAUAUCUGGAAAAAUACUACAACUUCAAGAAAAAUGUGAAACAAGUUUUCAGAAGAAAACAGGACAUUAGUCCUGUUGUCAAAAAAAUCCAAGAAAUGCAGAAGUUCCUCGGGCUGAAGGUGACGGGGAAGCUAGACUCCGACACUAUGGAUGUAAUGAGUAGGCCCAGGUGUGGGGUUCCUGACGUUGGUGGCUUCAGUACCUUUCCAGGCUCACCAAAGUGGAGGAAAAACCACAUCACCUACAGGAUUGUGAACUACACACCGGAUUUACCAAGAGAGAGUGUGGACUCUGCCAUUGAGAAAGCCUUGAAAGUAUGGGAGGAGGUGACCCCGCUCACGUUCUCCAGGAUCUCUGAAGGAGAGGCUGACAUAAUGAUCUCCUUUGCAGUUGGAGAACACGGAGACUUCUACCCUUUUGAUGGCCCGGGACAGAGUCUGGCUCACGCCUACCCGCCCGGGCCUGGGUUUUAUGGAGAUGUUCACUUCGAUGAUGAUGAGAAAUGGACACUGGGACCCUCAGGGACCGACUUAUUCCUGGUGGCUGCUCAUGAACUUGGCCACUCCCUGGGUCUCUUUCACUCGGACAAGAAAGAAUCCCUGAUGUACCCAGUCUACAAGUUCUCCGCAAGUGCAGCCCGGGUCCAGCUUUCUCAAGAUGAUAUAGAGGGCAUCCAGUCCCUCUACGGACCCCGUCCCUCCUCUGAUAUCACAGUGGUACCUAUGUCCUCUGUCUCUCCAAGACCUGUGACCCCAGCCAAAUGUGAUCCUGCUUUAUCCUUUGAUGCAGUCAGCUCCCUGCGAGGGGAGCUCCUAUUCUUUAAAGACAGGUAUUUUUGGCGCAAAUCCCGCUGGAAUCCCGAGCCAGAAUUUCAUUUGAUUUCAGACUUUUGGCCUUCUCUUCUUUCAAACAUAGACGCUGCCUAUGAAGCUCAAAACAAGGAUAGAGUUUUGAUUUUUAAAGGAAGUCAGUUCUGGGCAGUCCGUGGGAAUGAUGUCCAAGAAGGCUACCCAAAAGGGAUCCACACUCUCGGCUUUCCUUCCACUGUGAAGAAAAUUGAUGCAGCUGUUUUUGACAAGGAGAAAAAGAAGACAUACUUCUUCACAGAGGGCGAAUACUGGAGAUUUGAUGAGACAAGAAAUCUAAUGGAGAAAGGCUUCCCAAGGCUGAUAACAGACGACUUCCCGGGAAUUGAGCCACAAGUUGAUGCUGUGCUGCAGGCGUUUGGGUUUUUUUAUUUCUUCCGUGGAUCGUCUCAAUUUGAGUUUGACCCCAAUGCCAGGACGGUGACACACAUACUGAACAGUAACAGCUGGCUCCUGUGCUGACGAUCGGGAGAAGACACGACCUCUCACCUUGCUGAGCGAGUGCCCGGAUGCCACAGAGUUGUCCCUGCGUGUGCCGUGGCUCAAGAAGAUGAGCCGUGCAGCGUCUCUCUUAGCAAGCCACGGGCCAUCAUCUGAGCAUCUUAUUUGCACAGAAGUGAAAAAUUCUCACUGGAGUUAGUGAAAGGAUUCAUCCCCAAGGGUAUUUUAUUAUUUAAU